GCGGGGCCGCUCCGCCCGCGCCGCUCGGCGGGGACAAAGCGCGGCGCCGAGCGGGGGCCAUGUCGUCCGCAGGCGGCCGCCAGCCCAGCCAGAGCCGGGCCAUCCCCACCCGCACCGUCACCCUCAGCGACGCCGCGCAGCUCCCCGCCGACUACUGCACCACCCCCGGCGGGACGCUCUUCUCCACCACGCCGGGAGGCACCCGGAUCAUCUACGACCGCAAGUUCCUGCUGGACCGCCGCAACUCCCCCAUGGCCAAGACCCCGCCUUGUCACCUCCCCAAUAUUCCCGGCGUCACCAGCCCCGGCGAGCCCGGCGAGGAGCCCAAAGCGGACGCCAACAGCUUGAACCACCAGGAGAACAAGCCAUCCAUGGGGGACGAUGCUCAGUUCGAGAUGGAUAUCUGAGCGGGAACCACGGAGAGGCAGCGACUCCCCAGCCCUGUGCACCCCCCGUUCGGCUCAGCAGGAUCCGUCCCGGCGAGGUGGAGGUGGCAGAGGUCCCCACCAGCGUCCCCUCCCCGCCCUUCUCCUCCCCCUCUUUUUUGGGGGGAGUGCAGCUCUGUCUUCUCCCCCUUUGCCGGUGACUGGUCCCAGCGUGUGCCAGACGGAGCAUCCCUUCUGGAUCUGGCCCUGUUCCUCCUCUUCCGCCUGCCAGCAGCCUGAUCUCCACCAGGCUUCUUUUUAAAACAUCCCUUUGCCUCCUCUGCUGCCUCGUGCCCCCCUCAAAUUUCCCCUCUUGUUACCCAAACCUCCCAUUGCCAGCAGCUUCGGGUUCUGGAGCUGUGUCGUCCCCUUUGCCCCCUUCUCCCGGAAAAUUUGGGCAGGAGGAGAGGGAAACAUCACUGCUAAAAUCAUGCACCUGCUUGCACCCUGGGGAGGGUAUUUUUCGAGUUUUCCCUGGGAUGUGCUGGCAUUCAGCAAAGGACAACACUGGGAGCCUGUUCCCUUCGGCGCUCCAGGGGUCCGAUGUAGUCCCUGGUGGAAUCAGCCAGCGUGUCCACAUCUCUCCAACCCGGAUUUCUUCCAUCUUGGCCCUCCAGCCAGGGGCUGUGUCCCCCACCCGCCAGCCAGGACUCACAGCAAUGUAGCCAUAUAUUAUAAAAUCUCCUUGCUUUUA